CACUUAAACUAUGAGUAUCACAAACCCUUCCCAGUCAAUUCAGAAAGGAAUACAUCCUGGAGUUCAAACCAAUGCCCCUCCUGUUGCUUCUUCAGAUAUUGGCUUUUUUCAGAGCCCACCACAACUUACAAACCAAUACGAAGACGAUCAUGUCUUGAGAAAUAUUUUGAAGCGUCGUAUUCCUUCAGAAAUACUGAAGCAAAUAGAGCCUGAUCUGUAUAACCUUGGAGGGAGAGUAGUUGGAGAUAUUGCUCUUAUGGCAGAUGAUGCUGAUGAGCCAAAUAACUACCCCCGCCUUCGUCAAUAUGAUGCUUGGAACAGACGAGUUGAUGAAAUCACUGUUAGUCAAGGCUGGAAAGAUCUCAAUACAGUGGCUGCAGAGGAAGGGCUUGUGGCUAUUGGUUUUGAGCGUCAGUUUAAUGAGUACUCUCGCCUAUAUCAAUUUGCAAAGCAUUAUUUAUUUUCGCCUUCCUCGGCAGUAUUCUUGUGUCCAAUUUCAAUGACGGACGGUGCUGCACGUCUAAUUGAACUUGUUGAUGAUGACAAUCUAAAGGCGGAGUUUCUACCCCAUCUUUUGAGCCGCGACCCAAAAGAAUUUUGGACAAGUGGCCAGUGGAUGACUGAACGUCCAGGAGGCAGCGACUUGGGAAAUUCGGAGACAUUGGCCGUUUUGUCUGAUCCAGAAAACAACAUUUGGGACAUCAAUGGUUUCAAGUGGUUUUCCAGUGCUACUACAGCAGACAUGACCAUGCUACUUGCACGUACUGUGGAUCCCAAAACUGGGCUGGUUACAAAAGGUACUAAGGGACUAUCAUUAUAUGUAGCCAAGAUGCGUACACCAGAAGGAAAGAUGAAUGGUGUGCGUGUCCACAGAUUAAAGAACAAGUAUGGUACAAAGGCACUGCCUACAGCUGAACUAGAAUUAAAUGGAAUGAAAGCUCAAAUGAUUGGUGAUAUCGGAAGAGGUAUCCCCAAAAUCGCAACUAUUCUGAAUAUUACCAGAUUAUACGCAUGCCUGGGCGUUGUUACAGCUCUUCGUCGUUCGCUCGCUAUCGCAAAAGACUUUGCCACAAAGCGUCAGGCGUUCACAAAAUCGUUGUCUCGAUUGCCUUUGCAUAUAACUACGUUGGCUACCCUUGAGAUGACUUCUCGAGCCAGUACCCAGAUAUUGUUCUAUGCGGUUGAACUAUUGGGCAGAACAGAAUGUCUUGAAGGUCAUCCGGGAUACAAGCAAGAUAGCGAAUUGCUGCGUUUCUUAACCCCAAUUGCAAAAGGGUUUGUGUGUAAAAUCGGACUCGACUGCUGCAGUGAGGCUAUGGAAGCAAUCGGUGGACAGGGUUAUAUGGAAGAAAUUGGAAUUGGCCGUCAAUUGAGAGAUGCCCAAGUGAAUACUAUUUGGGAAGGAACGACUAAUGUAAUGGCUAUGGAUGUCUUGCGAGUCCUAAAAGAGACCAAGGGUCGUAUACUCAAUAUUUUUGCAUCAACAAUUUUAAGCAAGAUUGAAAAUUCUGUUUCUUCGGAUCCCGAGAAAUUCAAGGCAAUUGGAUCAAUUAUUAAGGAUGCUUUGGAAAAUACCCAAACAUUUGUCAGGCAAACUACCGAUUCUACCCAGUUAGAGGCUAGUAGUCGCCAGCUUAUGUUUGCUCUGGGCCGUAUAUUGGCAGGCACUCUGCUGCUCGAACAAGCUUCCUGGGCUGUAGCAAAUAGUAUUUCUGGUGCUCAAGAAGACGUGACAGUUGUACGUCGUUGGUGUACUAGCAAUAGUUUUGGCGAACCUAUCACAGUCUUGGAUAAAGAUAGUCUAUUGGAAGAGGCAAAAAUUGUAUUUGGUUCUCAAGCCAAGCUCUAAAUGAAAUCGAAUAUCAAGUUUUUUUUUUAAAAAAAGACCAUGCUUUUAUCUCCAACAAUCAAUAGUAAUAGCAAUAAGAAACAAAAACAAAAAAAAA